GCACUGCCCUCCUUCCGUCACGUCAGUUCCAACAUGGCGGCGUCCCAUGCAGUGGUCGGAGUGGAGGGAGGCAGCAGUCAAACAGGGUUGAUUCUGUCAGGGUCAUCUACCGGAGAUGUGAAGAGACCUCAGUUUGGGACACGAUUUCUCACAGACCCGCGACACGUCUUCCAACACAACGCAUGGGACAAUGUGGAAUGGACUGAGGAACAAGAAGCAGCAGCUAAAAGGAAAGUCUUAGAAAACAGUCAGCCACUGCCUCCAGAGAAACAAGAGGAAUACGACACCCGGGCCAGCGAGUACUGGAAUGACUUUUACGCAAUCCAUGAGAAUCAUUUCUUCAAAGACCGUCACUGGCUCUUCACAGAGUUCCCAGAGUUGGCCCCACAGUGUCGCCUGAACCACGUUGGUCAGUGGGACAGUCUGGGUGAAAGACAAAGCACAGAAGUUGCUGCGCCACCUCAUACUGAUGGUGACUUUCCUGGCUCCUCUGCCACAUAUCGAGUUCUGGAGGUCGGCUGUGGCGUAGGGAACACAGUUUUUCCAAUACUGAAGACCAACAAUGACCCAGGACUAUUUGUGUACUGCUGUGAUUUUUCCAGCACUGCUGUGGAGUUAGUCAAGACUAAUCCCGACUACAACCCUGAGCGCUGCUUCGCCUUUGUUCACGACUUGAGUGAUGUGGAAGCCAGUUACCCCAUCCCUGAUGGAACUCUUGAUGUUAUUGUACUAAUCUUUGUGCUAUCAGCAUUGCAUCCCAACAAGAUGAAGGCAUCAAUUAGUAGACUGGCACGCUUGUUGAAGCCUGGGGGAGUGAUUCUGCUCAGGGACUAUGGACGCCACGAUAUGGCACAGCUCCGUUUCAAGAAAGGAAGGUGCCUGUCAGAAAACUUUUAUGUCCGAGGUGAUGGAACGCGAGUAUAUUUCUUUAUCCAAGAUGAACUUCAUGACCUGUUCACUGAGGCAGGGCUUGAGAAAGUUCAGAACCUUGUGGACAGAAGGCUGCAAGUAAACAGAGGAAAACAGCUUACCAUGUACAGGGUGUGGAUCCAGUGCAAGUACCGCAAGGCUCCAAUUCAAAAACCCGACACGCAGGACUGAGACAGAGGAAAGAACCAACCUGGCUUGAUAUUCAACCACAACUGAAACCAGGAGCUAAAAUCAGGGCAGGGCUUAACUAUCAAAAUGAGACACUUUACUUUAAUGUGUUAAAGGGAACGCAACUGGAUAGUUAAAUGCUAUAAAGACCUUGCACUAUCUCAGCUGCUUUAAUAUUGAUGGACUGAUUUUAUGGAUUGUAUUCCUUAUGGUGCUGCAAUCCUAGCUACAAGAGUGAUGAUUUCUUAUUUUGUGCUGAUGAGUUCAGUUACCUGAGAAAGGGCUGGUUACCCCGUGUACAUCUUUCUAUUCUGCCUGAUAAUGGUUUUAAUGAGCUGAUGUUUUUACAUAAACUGCCUGAUUUUUAAGAACACUUAAUGGCCUUUUUGUACAUGCACAAUUAAUAAAAGUCCAAACUGUAA